AUUUAUUCCCACCCAUUUCUGAAUCGGAUUUAACCCCAUCUGUGUACCUCCCGUCCCAUGGAGAUCUGGUGGGCAAAUCCCAGGUGAUCCGCAUUGGUUCGGAGUGGAGAAAUAUCAGCCAGUUCCUGGGGAUCCCGUAUGCUGCACCUCCCCUUGCAGAGAGGCGCUUCAGUCCUCCAGAGCCGUUUGCUUGGGUGGAAACCUGGAAUGCUACUGUGUCUCGGGCAGCUUGUUGGCAGCCAGGAGAUGGAGAAGCCCCACCAUAUGCAGUCAGUGAAGACUGCCUGUAUCUGAACGUCUUCGUUCCUGCCACCACUGUCAAAAGCAUGCCAGUGUUGCUGUUCUUCCACAAUGGAGGGAGUUACAGUGCUGAGGCAGGAAAGGCAACCCUAGAUGGAUCAUACCUAGCUGCUGUCAGUAACAUCAUUGUUGUAACAGCAAACUACCGGGUCGGUGUUUUUGGCUUCCUUAGUACUGAUUCUCCUGAGGCAAGAGGAAAUGCUGGCCUUUUGGAUCAACUGGCAGCUCUGAAGUGGGUGCAGCAGAACAUUGCUAGCUUUGGAGGAGAUCCAAACCAGGUUUCUUUGGGAGCUGACCGUGGCGGGGCAGAUGUUACCAGCAUUCACCUGCUCACAGAUGCAGAGGAUAUGGACCUCUUCAGGAGGGUGUUGUUGAUGGGAGGUUCAGCUUUUUCUCCAGCAUCUAUUAUUACUAAAAGGAGAGCACAGACCCAAGCAGCAGUCCUGGCUGAAGAUAUGGGAUGCCCUUCAUCCACCAGUGAGGAAAUUGUUGCCUGCCUCCGCCAGUUGCCUGCUCAUGUCCUCAAUGAUGCACAGACUAAGCUCCUAGCUAUAAGCGGCCCAUUCCAGUACUGGGGUCCAGUGAUUGAUGGAAUUUACCUUCGGGAACCUUUAGCUAAAGCCCUGCAGCGCCCUCAACUUCAGAAAGUAGACCUGCUCAUUGGAACUGCUCAGCAAGAUGGGUUGAUCAGCAGAGCUAAGGCAAUUAAGAAAUUUGAAGAAAGUCAAGGAAGAGCCAACAGUAAAACAGCCUUUUAUCAGGCUCUGCAAAAUUCUCUAGGAGGAGAGGACUCCAACUCAUUCAUUGAAGAUGCAGCUACGUGGUAUUACUCCCUCGAACACUCAACUGAUGAUUAUUCAUCCUUUUCCAGGGCUUUGGAAAAUGCCACCCGUGACCAGUUUAUCACGUGUCCUGUCAUAAACAUGGCCAGUCACUGGGCUGCUGCCUCCAGAGGAAAUGUCUUCAUAUACCACGUACCUGAGAGUGCCUCACAGAGCAG